UCCCUCUCAACCUCCUCUCUUGCUUCAUCUGUCACUGCUGCCCUCCCUCCUCUCGAAUCCUUCACUACCCUCCCCACUGAUUCUGCAUCCACCUCCCUACUUUCCUCCCUUACAUCUGCUCUUGACUCCCUCUGCCCCACUGUCUCUAGGCCAACACGUCCAUCUCCUCCCCGCCCGUGGAUGUCCAAUGCCAUACGCACCUCCAGGGUUGGACUCCGUGCAGCAGAGAGGAAGUGGAGGACAUCCAGAGAUGCUUCAGACCUCUCUGCCUACCAAUCCCUCCUUGCAGCGUUCUCCUCCACGGUGACUGCUGCCAAGGCAAUCUCACCCGAGAUUCUCCCAUUCAUCACCUCCCUGGUUAACUCCUCCCUGACAUCCGGCUGCUUCCCGUCAACCUUCAAGAAGGCCCUCAUCUCCCCCCUCCUGAAAAAGACUACACUAGACCCCUCCAUCAUUGGGAACUACAGACCGGUAUCUCUCCUUCCAUUUCUGUCAAAAACCAUUGAACGUGCUGCAUCAAAUCAACUCUCUGUGUUUCUUUCACAGAAUGAGCUCCUCGAUCCCCAUCAGUCUGGAUUCAGACCAGGCCACUCGACAGAGACCGCACUCCUCUCUGUCAACGAAGCUCUCCACGCAGCCCGAGCAGCCUCCCUCUCCUCCGUCUUAUUACUUCUGGACCUAUCGGCAGCCUUCGACACAGUCGACCACCCCACCCUCCUGUCCUCCCUAUCUGCAAUGGGGAUCUGUGGCACAGUCCUCAAUUGGAUUGAGUCUUACCUCUCAGAUCGCUCCUUCCAGGUCUCAGCCCGCAUCACUGCCUGCCUGAGUGAUAUUCAGAGCUGGAUGGUCCGCCACCAUCUCAAGCUCAAUCCAGGUAAUACCAUCCUCACACCAUCACCCUCAACUAGAAACCUUGGCGUGGUGAUGGACAACAGACUGUCCCUCACCGAGCACAUUUCAGCAGUGACACGUUCAUGCAGGUUCUUCCUGUAUAACAUCCGGAGGAUCCGCCCCUUCCUCACAACUUACUCGACCCAACUCCUCGUCCAGGCAGUGGUCCUGUCCCGCCUGGACUACUGUAACUCCCUGCUUGCUGGCCUCCCAGCAUCAUCUAUCAGACCCCUGCAACUCAUCCAGAACGCAGCAGCGCGUCUGGUCUUCAACCUCCCCAGACAUUCCCACGUUACCCCCCUGCUCACCACCCUCCACUGGCUCCCCGUGAUGGCUCGCAUCAAAUUUAAAACAUUAGUGCUUGCCUUCAAAGCAGCCAGGGGGUCAGCCCCUCCCUAUCUACGUCAACUCAUCAGACCCUACACCCCAGCUAGACCUCUCCGUUCUGCUGCCACAUGUCGCCUGGUCCCUGCCCGGCUCGCACCAGCACCCGGUCACGCCUCCUGUCUGUUCUAGCCCCACGGUGGUGGAAUGACCUUCCUGUGCAAGUCAGAACAGCAGAGACCCUGGCCGUCUUCAAACGUAGACUGAAGACUCACCUCUUCAAGCUACAUCUCACCUCAUCACCCCCCACUACCCUCUAACAUCCAUUAAACCUCAACUGAGUAA